AUGCAGUCCGUGCAGCGACAAUUUGGCAGAUUCAUGAAGCGAUCUGCCGAUGACAGCCAGGUCGCCAUUCUAUUGAAAGACUUCGAUGAUGCAGAUAAGCUACUGGGUAAAAUCAUCGAAUCAACAAGUGCCUGGCGCGAUGCCUGGUCAUCGCUCCUCUCUCAUCAAAGCCGAAUGCUGGGCGAGUUCGAAGGGCUCUAUGCUCCAAUAGUCGGCUCUGCGGAUACGUCGACUUCGCAUACCCCCGUCGAGACCCCUGAAGCCACCAUCGUCCGCACAAACAAGCUCCACGAUGAAUACGAAGAAUUGCGCAAAGACCUGAUGGAGGAGCUGGCCGCAGUCGACCAGCGCAUGAUCCAGCCUGCGUCCCAAGCCAAGGAGUUCAUGUCUCCGCUAAAGAAAACCAUCAAGAAGCGAGACGAUCGCAAGCUGGACUACGAGCGCUAUCAAGGGCGUGUAGAUAGUUAUGCCAAGAAGACUAAACGCUCUGACAGGGACAAUGUGGCUCUCAGCAAGGCUGAGAGUGACCUGGCCAAAGCGACUGAGGAAUACCAAGCAGCAGACGAGCACCUGCGACAGAUUCUGCCGCCCUUGAUCGCCGCCGUGUUCUCCUUACUCCCCCGGCUGCUCGCGGCCCAGAUCGAGAUACAGAACACCAUGCUCGGGCAUUACUAUACUGUCAUCCUCAACUACUCGGAGCAGGAACGGUUCCCCUCGCCCUCCCCGCCCAUGGAGCAAAUCGUCGAGCAAUGGGAGCAGGAUUUCUUGUCGGUGCAGCAAGAAAUCGAAAGCUUCGGCUGUCUCGCCAACGGCAAAACCGUGCGCAUGGGCCAUGGCACAGACGACCACCGCACCGGCGGCAUCACCAACGGCCGCCUACCAAACUUGCCCAAUGGACUGAACUUUCAUCGUCGCCCUAGCGGCCAGAGCUCCACCCAACCCCAGCAAGCCUCUGCCCCUGCCGCCAGAAAGGCCUCUCAGCCGUCGCCACCCCUCGAUACGAAACCGUCCCCGGUGUAUGAGACGAAGCCACGUCCAACGGGUCUGGCCUCAUCCGCCGCGUCGAAUCUCACCGUGCCCAGCACAUACGCCACUCCCUCGUCGCCGAACGACUCCUACACGCCUGCGGCCGCAGCAUCGAGAACGGAUUACUUCAGUCGCAGCCCGAGUCACCCUUCCAGUGGCUCCGGAUCGGUUUCCCCGGGACAUAGUGUGCUCGCCGCUGUCGCUGGGAAGAAGAAGCCCCCACCUCCGCCUCCACCCCGCGCAGGCUCCUCCAAUGCGCUUUUCGUCACAGCUCUGUACGAUUUCGGCGGGGAGAGCCCAGGCGACCUUGCCUUCCGAGAGGGGGAUCGCAUUCGGGUUCUGAAAAAGACAGAGAGUACUGACGAAUGGUGGGAGGGUGAGCUGCGUGGUGUCAAGGGGAGUUUUCCGGCCAAUUAUGUGGAGUGA